AUGAGCAAGGCGUUAAACCAAAUUUCCAGGUCACCUUUCACACGGAGAAUUGAAGGAGGAAAACUUCCUCGGCGAUUUACUCAGCUAACAUUCACAAUAUACAAUGGUCGAAGAGACCCUAUGGAACAUGUAAGUCACUUCAAUCAGAGAAUAGUUGUCCAUUCCAAGAAUAAGGCUUUGAUGUGCAAGGCGUUCUUGUCCAGUUUGAAGCCUGUGGUUCCUCGGCCCUUAGAUUCCCUAUUGUUUAUGACCAUGCUAGAAGGGGAGACCUUGAAAACGUACGCAAACAGAUACUGGGAGAUGUUUAAUGAGAUCGAUGGUGACUUUGAUGAUAUGGCCAUAAGAACUUUCAAGGUCAACCUACUUGCCGAGCAUAGUUUGAGGAAGUCUUUGACUGGGAAACCUAUUAACAGUGUUUAUCAACUCAUGGACCGAAUUGACAAGUAUAAGUGA